AUGAAAGAAGGCAAGGAUAAAUUGGUACUUGGUCUUUUCACGCCUCAGUGUUUUGAGGCUUUCGCCAUUCAUCAUGACUUCGUCAACGUAUCAUGUAUCAAGGCCGUGAUUAGCAAGGCAUUAAGCUAUGCAAUCAUUACAGGCAGUUUUAUCCUCAAGUUGCCACAGAUUAUAAAAAUCAUGAGUGCGAAAGACGUCACAGGUCUUACUCCUAGUGCUUUCUACAUGGAAGUGGUGCUUUAUCUAUCGAGUACCAUUUACAAUCUAUUACGUGGCUAUCCGUUGACGACUUGGGGCGAAAACCUCGUGAUCCUAGCGCAAAAUAUACUACUUGUGAUCUUACUCUGGACAUACUACACACCCAAGAUCCCCGUUUCCACACGUCUUGGACUCGUGGUAGUAUUCACUGUGAUGGCGCUAGGAAUGUACACAAUUCCAGAGGAUCAUCAGUGGCUAUUAGCUUCUGCAGGAAUUCCUGUGAGUGUUGUUGCUCGUAUCCCUCAGAUUUUGUCCAACUUUAAGCAGGGUCAUACGGGUCAAUUGGCGCUCAUCACACUAGUACUUAACUUGGCUGGCUCCAUUGCACGGCUGUUUACCACGAUGGAAGAAACAGGAGACCCAGUUAUGAUUGCAGGCUUUGGUGUCGGGAUCUUGCUCAAUGGAACGCUCGUAUUGCAAGUACUACUGUUCUGGGGUGCUACUGAAAAGGCGCUAACGCAAGCGAAGAAGAAGAAAGACCAUUGA